GGGACCGCGGGUUACCGCCCCAGGGCGGGGCGGGGCCGCCCUCGCCGCCCGUCAGCAGGUGCAGCGCCCCCGCCCUCCCCGCCCGCCGCCGGCCUCUACCACGCCGCGCGGUGCGUGGAGGGGGGGGGGGGCGGAGUGGAGCCGGGCGCGGCACUCCUGCCUGCGGGGGAGCGUCCUGCCGGCCUGGGCCCUCCCGCCCCCCCCGCGCGCCUCGCUGUGGAACGGGCCGAGCCCGGAACUCGGGGCUGCCGGGCGGCUGAGGAAGAUGGAGGCCGCGGAGCCCGGCCCGGGCGGCAGGGCGGGCAGCAGCGCCGACAGCCUGGCCGAGGAGGACGAGGACGAGGAAGGUCCCGGCAGCGGCCGGUCCAGCCGCACCUCGUCGCUGAUGUCGAUGAAUUAACAACUAUAAAACGAGAACUGAAUUACAGAAUUUCUGUUCAAUCAGCAAAGUUGCUUCGUCUUCUGAAGCAGAAGGACAGGCUUGUACAUAAAGUCCAGAAGAACUGCGAUAUCGUCACAGCUUGUUUACAGGCGGUUUCCCAGAAACGACGGGUUGAUACAAAAUUGAAAUUCACUCUUGAACCAUCUUUAGGUCAAAAUGGUUUUCAGCAGUGGCAUGAUGCGCUCAAAGCAGUGGCCAGAUUGCCAACAGGCAUACCGAAAGAAUGGCGGAGAAAGGUUUGGCUGACCCUAGCUGAUCAGUACUUACACAGUAUAGCCAUUGACUGGGAUAAAACCAUGCGUUUCACAUUCAAUGAAAGAAGUAAUCCUGAUGAUGACUCUAUGGGCAUCCAGAUAGUAAAGGACCUUCACCGAACGGGUUGCAGUUCUUACUGUGGCCAGGAGGCAGAGCAAGAUCGAGUGGUAUUAAAACGUGUUUUGCUGGCUUAUGCCAGGUGGAAUAAAUCUGUUGGCUAUUGUCAAGGAUUUAACAUACUAGCUGCACUUAUUCUGGAAGUAAUGGAGGGCAAUGAAGGGGAUGCCCUGAAAAUCAUGAUUUACCUAAUUGAUAAGGUGCUUCCUGAUAGCUAUUUUGUCAAUAAUCUCCGUGCUCUCUCUGUGGAUAUGGCUGUUUUCCGAGAUCUUCUACGAAUGAAGCUUCCUGAACUGUCCCAGCACUUAGACACCCUGCAACGAGCUGCUAACAGAGAAAGUGGAGGAGGCUAUGAACCCCCACUUACAAAUGUCUUCACAAUGCAGUGGUUUCUGACCCUCUUUGCCACUUGCCUGCCUAACCAUACGGUUCUGAAGAUCUGGGAUUCAGUAUUCUUUGAAGGCUCUGAAAUUAUACUGAGAGUAGCUUUGGCUAUCUGGGCAAAGUUGGGAGAGCAAAUAGAGUGUUGUGAAACUGCAGAUGAGUUUUACAGUACCAUGGGCAAGCUGACCCAGGAGAUGCUGGAAGACAGUCUGAUUGACAGCAAUGAACUCAUGCAGACUGUUUAUACCAUGGCUCAGUUUCCCUUCCCACAACUGGCAGAAUUAAGGGAGAAAUACACGUACAACAUUACUCCUUUCCCUGCAGCAGUGAAAUCAACUUCACUUUCGGGAAGGCUAGGCAGAACCAGAGACAGUGAUGAGGAGAAUGACCUAGAUGAUGAAGACUCAAUUGCCAAUGCAAUUGGCUGUCUUGGACCAUUAAGCGGGUUUUUGGCACCAGAGCUCCAAAAAUACCAAAAACAAAUGAAAGAUCAGAAUGAAGAACAAAGUCUGGGUUCCAGUAACAUUGCAGAAUUAAGUCCAGGAGCAAUAGACUCUUGCCGAAGCGAGUAUCACGCUGCUUUUAACAGCAUGAUGAUGGAGCGUAUGACCACUGAUAUUAAUGCACUAAAAAAGCAAUAUUCCAGGAUAAAGAAGAAGCAGCAACAGCAGGUUCACCAUGUGUAUAUCAGAGCAGGAUCUGAAGGUGACGACCCUGGGAUUCUUUUAGGUCCCAGGGACCAGCUGAACAAUGACAAAGGGCCAGUUACCAGCCUCCUCCCUUCUCAGGUAAACCAUUCCCCAGUGAUAAACCACCUCCUUUUAGGAAAGAAGAUGAAAUUGAAUAACAGGUCUCUCAAAAACGCUGUUAUUCACAUCCCAAGUCAUGCUACAGGGAAGAUGUCUCCCAUUCCCCAAGAAGAUCUUAAAGCAAAACUGAACUCUCCAUGGCGCACUCACAUACGAGUUCAUCGAAAGAAUAUUGCUAGGGCCAAAGGCCAGCUGGGCUAUGGGGAUACUGUAGGACUAAUAGAUGAGCAGAGCGAGAGCUGUAAAACAAAUAGUCCUGGUGCAAAGGAGGAGACUUCCAAACAUUCUGACUCUGGAGAAAGAGAAGGAGGUGGUUUGGAUGACAGGACUACUCGAAAAGCUGACCGGCAGUCAUCUGAGCCAGUCUCUAUGGACAGCAGUACAAACAUGUCAGUGGUUCAGCUAAAACUGGAAGCGCUGGAACUUGCCUCGGAUAACAAAACCAAUGCUGAGUCAACAUCCCAUCAGUCCAGCCAGCCAUGUUUAUCAGAGUCCUCCAGUUCAUCCAGCGACAGUGGAAACCUGGCUAAAUCUCCCCAGCCUGGGAACCUGAAGCCACAAGUCUUCAAUCCUUUUCCCAGCGUCAAGCCUCUUCGAAAGUCAGCUACAGCCAGGAAUUUAGGGCUGUAUGGCCCCACUGAAAGAACGCCAACUGUACACUUCCCACAGAUGAGCAGAAGUUUCAGUAAGUCUGCCAGUGGCAACAGUGGGACCAGGAAACGAUGAUGUACUUACUACCUGGCACUUUCUAUUUCUGAGAGCAACAAAAAAUUUGUAUUGCCUUUUUUUUUUCCCCCCUAAUGUGUGUGUGUGUACAUGUGUCCCAAAGCGUUUCUAAUCUUUAAUUAAGUAGUGGGGACAAAAGUGGUUACCAGAUGUAUAAAUAUGUGUCUUUGACAAUUGUGCUGCCGUGUUGUUAUGGGAUAGAUUAGUGAAGAUGCACUCUGGCACCCUAUUGUCGAUUCUGAUGGUUCUGUGGUAAAAUAAAUACUGAUUUGCAGUGUGAAGCACACUGUUUCUUUAAAUCUAACUCGAACAUAAAAUCACUGGCUGCCUUUAACCCCUCAGCCCCCCAUGGCUGCCUCCUGUCUCCUUCAAAGCUUGAAGGACAAAUUGUCUGGUGCAGCAGACACCUAUAACGGUUUUUAUGACUGUUAUGCAGCUUCCCCUUUAGACCUCAUCAUCAUGCUCUGUGAGCAGCUGGAGAAGCCAUGACUAACAGAAGCACAAGCAGCCCUAGCAAUCAAAAGUAUCCCUUUGUGUCUGGCAUGACCACUUAGCUACUGGGCCAUCUGGCUUCAGAUGUUCUUGAGCAGCAUUUUGUGCUUCUCUUCCCACAGCAGUCCUCUGCUGAUACUGCUUUUAAUAUAAAUGUAAUCAGUGAGCAUGAGAAUAGCAGACAUAAGUCCGUCCACAACACUGGUUUGCUCCUUUCCUGUUACAUAUGUACAUACAUACAUUUCUGCUACUUACUGCUGGACAGUUGCAGCAUGCAAAAUUAGGAAUUAGGUACAACUAUAUGUGUAGUUGUAUGAGUAUUAUGGCACAUCUUGGCUUCAGUGGAUUUAAAAGCUAUUAUCUAGAUUACAGACUUGUAAUUAAAUCAUAUUUGCCAGCUUAGCAGUAGGUAAAAUAUAUGAAUGUUCCAAAGUAGUUUAGGGUUUUAAAUUCUAUAGAUAGAGUGAUUAGAUACUUAGGGUGCCACUUAUCAUUAAAAGCCAACACAUGAGCCACUGUGUAAGUGGGAUGAACCCGUGGGACUGCCAUGGGCUUCCACGGCUUGGUUCUGGUUUGGUGUGAAAGAGCAAUGGCAAAGCGAUAAGCUGAGUAUUUACUUCCAAAUCAAAAAGCAAAGCUGGUGAAUACUGUAAGACAAAUACUUUUUUUUUUUUUCUAUAUAUAUUAAACAGGCAGGCAGAGAAGCUAAAUGUGGAUAAUUCAACUUCAGGGUUGCAAAAUCAAGCACUCAAACUUCUAGAAAUUCAGGUUGCUCUUAAAAUGUUACAGCUCUCCCGAAUUGCAUGUAUUGACUGUGAUUCAUUACUUUAUUGCUUCCAAGUUUCCCAUGACAUGAAAGUGCCAUUAUUUUAAACUGGAGUAAAAGCAGUGAUGAUGAAUCAGUCCCAUUGUAUGUAAUAUCUUACUUCCUCUUUUAAAAUUCUUUGUUAAAUUUGCAAAUUAAUAUAUCAUUGUCUAUUUAUUAAUGUAUCCCAUAACCUAUAGGAUUUGAUAUCAGUUUUACUGUAUACAGUAACUUAUAAGCUGUACAAUAUACCCUGUUUACUGUUGUGGGGACAGUUUUAUUUUGUUGUUGUUUUAUACAAGUGUAUGCAUAUAAAUAAUAUACAAGUAUGAACACUAUAAAUAUAAACCAGAUGUAGAUCAGAUCUUGCCCCUGCCUUAUUUUCAGGUUAUAGUAGUAUUGUCACUAAUGAUUAUUUAUAGUGCUAAUUAAAUUUAAAAUAAUGUAGAAUUUAGUCAGUGAUCAUGGACUGUAUGAAAAUUGUUUCUGCCUUGAUUAAGAAGAAAUGGACUUCUCAAAAUUUUACUGUGAAUCAUUCUCCCCAGUUUUUCUUAGCUUCAGUGUAUCACGUGGCUGUAUACGGAACCAGUAAAAAUAAAAGGACUGUCAUUCUGCAAAAACUGCUAAAA